AUGCGUCUGCUGUCCAUCUUCGCGGUAGUCACGCUCUCCCUCUCAGGGCUCUCUACGGCCUUGAUAGUGCAGGGGGAUCCAGAAAUCAAUGACCCCCUGGUACUGGAACACCUCCGUGACCGCGAGAAGCUCAUCACAUUGGAAAAGACGCACCGACAAGAGAUGAAGCUGAACGUCCACGCAGAUCACGUCUUUCGCCAAAGUCUCUCGCCGACUGCCCAGCGCGCAGACGAGAUCGUUCGCCAGAUUCGUCAAUAUGAAACUGAUUAUUACUGGCGCGUAGCCGGCACCCCCGGCGACGAGUACAAAGAGCGAUUCGCGGGCGAGGUGUUCCCCCUUGCCCGCCCAUAUAUCGCAAACACGACUCUGUGGAAGAUCAUCAAGCGCAUGCCAAAGGGUGCGCUUCUGCAUGCACAUCUGUCAGCCAUGCUACCCUACGAAAAACUGGUGGAAAUCAUUAUCCACACAGAAGGGAUGAUGAUCGCCUCAACACAAUCCGUUGACACCUACGACGCCAAGAUGAAUGCCACCAUCACGUUUUCUCAUAGUAAUGAUACGACCCUCGAAGAUCAGUCAUCGGUCAACAUUGAUUCUCUCGACUACAUCCCCGGCGGUAAGGUUCCCGUCACAGUGGCCGCGGCCAAUUUCAAAGGUGGUGAAGCGGGCUUCCUCGACUUCAUCAAAAUGAAAACGACUGUUCCACCCGAGGAGUCGAUCCGCCACGAGCUUGGUGUUGAUGAGAUCUGGAGACGGUUCCAAGCCUGCUUCGGUCCCACUGGUUCAAUGCUCGAGUACGAGCCCGUCGUGAGGAAAUUUUACCAGACGCUGUUCACAGAUCUCGCUAGUGAUGGUAUUAACUGGGUGGAGAUCCGAAGCGGUGGAUCGAGUGGGAAGCUCGUCCACGACGGCCAAGAAGAUGUUGACCCGAGCCUCGACGCCUGGUGGACUGUCCUUGUCGAGGAGAUUAACAAGUUUAAAGCCACUGAGAAGGGUAAAAACUUCUGGGGUGCCAGAAUUAUUUGGGCGGACUCGCGUGGGAAACCCCGCGCUUCGAUUACCAAGAGCAUGAAAAUUGCUCUCCAGCGAAAAUUAAAUUUCCCCGAGCUGUUCAGUGGCUACGACUUAGUUUCUCAGGAAGAUCUCGGUCGUCCUCUUUCCGAUCUUGCACCGGAGCUGGUCUGGUUCCGCGAACAGACCGAAGCUCUGAAUCUUACCAUUCCAUACUUCUUCCAUGCAGGAGAAACUCUGGGCGAUGGGAACUCAACGGAUGACAACUUGUUUGAUGCACUCCUGUUCAACACGCGCCGAAUCGGGCAUGGGUUCUCUCUAUAUAAACACCCGAACCUGAUCAAGCAAACCAUUGAGCAGAAUGUCCUCAUUGAAGUGUGCCCUAUAUCAAAUGAAGUCCUCCGUCUGAACACGGAUAUUCUCCACCAUCCUUUGCCAGCGAUGAUUGCGCAUGGUAUUCCAACUGCCAUCAGUAACGAUGAUCCAGCUAUCCUUGGACAGGAUGUAGCUGGUCUGAGUUAUGAUUUCUACGAAGCUAUCCAAGCUUUUGACAACCUCGGCCUUGCCGGAUUGGGUGCACUAGCACAAAACAGUCUGCGGUGGGCAAACUUCGAAGACCAGUCUGAUGAAGAUUGGAUUCAGGACAUCGACCGCGGUGAAGAAGGAACCAGUAUCAAGGCCAAACAUAUUCAGGCUUGGAACAGUGCAUGGGAAGACUUUUGCAAUUGGAUUGUAGACGAGUUCGCGUCCAACUACGAGGUUCUUAAAGAAGAAGGGUCCGAUGCUUAA